AUGGCAACACUCGACGGAGGUACGGCAUGCUCGGCCUGGAACUAUUGCGGCCAGAGGUUAGCCGCCGGUUCCGUCGACGAUUGUCUCUCAAUUCUAUAUUCUCGUGAUCCUUCGUUUUCUUCAUUCACUUCGUCUUCCAAAUUCAAGGUGCAUGAUGGUGGCAUUGUGAAGGUUGCUUGGAUCCCGCCUGAGUAUGGGGAUGCUGUUGCUUGCAUUGCCGGAGAUGGAACUUUAUCAGUAUGGGAAGAGCUUGUGGAAGGUACAAAGCCUAUUGAAUGGAAGAUAUGUAGGAGCUUUAAAACUAGCUCCAAGGUUUUAGAUGUUCAAUUUAGUGCCGGUCAAACGAGUUUGAAAAUGGUGAGUUUUAAAAUUGACUUCUUUUUUCCCCUUCUAAUUCAUGUCUACAUAAUAGCCCUUAUGUUCUAG